AGUGCUCGUCACAUGGAGCCAAAAUACAGAAUCACUGUAUAAUAUUGUGUGAUCGUCAUAAAUUUAACAUUUUUAUAGUUCAUAUCACUCAUCGACCAGCUGUUUUUGAAGAAAUGGCGACAGAUGCUAAAAGGCCAAAGAGAGAUGGUGACAGUGAUGUGGUUGACCCAUUGAGGAACUUUAUAUUGUGGUGUGACAGUGGGAACUUGGCUCUCAGUGAUAAGGUCUGCUUAAGUAAAGAGGGCACAGUUGCAGAAUAUGGAAUGCUUGCCAAAGAGGACAUUGAAGAGGGACACGUUUUAUUCUCCAUACCCAGAGAGUGUCUUCUGCAUCAGGGCACCACUGCUAUCGAAAAGGUGCUUGAAGACGGUAAGAAAUCUUUGGAGAGCGCUUCAGGCUGGGUUCCUCUUCUUCUAGCUCUCCUUUACGAGUACACGUGUCCGCAGUCACACUGGAAGCCGUACCUGUCCCUCUGGCCAGACUUUAGUAUACUAGAUCAUCCCAUGUUCUGGGCGGAGGAGGAGCGGGAUACACUUUUGAAAGGCACAGGAAUUCCAGAGGCUGUCAAAACUGAUGUGGAAAAACUUGAGGCUGAAUAUAACAACAUAGUACUUCCGUUCAUGAAGUCCCACCCUGAUCUGUGGGACCCUGAGAGGCACACGCUAGAGCUCUACAAGAAAUUGGUGGCUUUUGUGAUGGCCUACAGUUUUCAAGAGCCUGUAGAAGACAAAGACGAAGAUGAAGAGAGAGCACCCAACCCACCAAUGAUGGUGCCCAUGGCUGACAUGUUAAAUCACAUCUCUAAGCACAAUGCCAAUCUGGAAUAUACAAUUGAUUGUUUGAAGAUGGUCACUGUACGGCGUAUUGAAAAGGGGGAGGAGGUCUUUAAUACGUACGGUCAGAUGGCAAACUGGCAGCUCCUGCACAUGUACGGCUUUUCAGAGCCAUUUCCAACCAACAGCAACGACACCGCAGACGUCCAGAUGUCCAGUGUGUACAAAGCAGCAAUGCAAGCGACGAAAAGUAAAACAGACGAGCAGCUUUUAAUAGACAAGUGGAACAUGUUAUCUGAGAUGGAGAAUGUUGGGGAGAAAGGGGUUUUCAUCUUUGGUCAAUCUGGGUGUCUCACCUACUGUGAGCUCUACACAACACUCAAGGUCCUCUGCAUGUCGCCACAAGAGUUUAAGGAAUUUCAUGAAAAUGAAGGUUGGGAGGAUGAUGAUGGUGAUGAUGAUGAUAAAAUGGAGUAUGCAUUCAGUUUCGAGGGACUGACGGAAUUGACGACAGAGUGGAAACGGCUCGUACAUGCAGCGGCGGGACUCGCACUGGACUCUUAUUCUGAGGAUGUAGAAACUGACAGAAGACUGUUGGGGGAUCAGGAAGCUCUGGGUAAACUCAAAAGCAGGGAAAUAAGAGCAUUGCAUGUGCGGUAUGGUCAGAAGAACAUCCUACAGCGCCUGCAGCAGCUCACCAAACCCUCAGACUAAAACAUUCCUUAAUCCUUAUACUGGGCAUUCUGUGUAGCGCUCUAUAAUCGUCAAGACACAAAAAUAUGUAAUGUAUGGUGUAAAUUUGGAAAUGUUUAAUAAAUGAUGGUGCUCAGAA